AUGGAUAACUUCUUGCCCUUUUCCUCUUCUAACGCAAACUCGGUCCAAGAACAACACUCAAUGGAUCUUGCCAAUAAUCACUUCACAACGUUCCAUACUUAUGAUCAUCACCACAACAUGUUGCCUCCGUAUGCAAACGUUGCAUGUCCGGUGGCGAUCAACCAUCAGCCGCUUCACUCAUUGGAGGGCUUCCCCCAGAUCCCAGUUACGCAAACCGGAAGUGAUCAAUUCGGUUCUCUUGUUUGUAAUCCUGGUUUGAGGCAAGAGAGAGGUGGGUUUCUUGAUCCACACAUGACGAAGAUGGCAAGGAUCAAUAGGAAGAACGCUAUGAUAAGAUCAAGAAACAACUCGAGCCCUAAUUCUGGUUCUAAUGAGUUGCUUGAUUCAAGGAGACAAGUGAUGCUUAACAUGAAAAAAAACGCUGAGAUCGCUGCUGCUAAAAAAGAUCUUUAUCGAUACUCCACGUUCGAUAACAAGAAGCUUAAGGUUUUGUUGGUGAAGCACUUGAAGAACAGCGAUGUUGGGUCACUUGGGAGGAUUGUUCUACCAAAGGUGUACGGUGAAAAUUCGCUGACGAAAUAA